AUGAUGAGUGUGAAAGUCGCCUUGCAACUGGUGGAAAAUCCGAAGUUUCGCUUGAAACCUUCUAAUUCUUUAGGCCCUCGACUCGGACGUCUCCAGUCUCUCGUUCCGAAUCGCCGAUAAAAUGACGUUUGAUACGAUGACUCUGCAGAAUUCGCCAAUUGGAAACGAAGACUUAAUGUGCGAGAUUGAGGCUCUUUCGAAGCAGAUUCCGGUGAGCAAAGAGAAGGCGAAAACUGUUUCAGUUUCCAAUUCGUUUGCAGAAAGUUCAAUUUGAACACACUCCGACGCAUUGCGAGAAUCAGAUAGCCGAUAAUUUGGCUCAAACACUGUUGAAUUAUUGA